AUGGACUUCUUCGUCGAAGUGGGUUUGGCAGUCGCAAUAGUUGCAUGGUUUGCCAUAGUUGCUUGCUUGCUUUGCUCAAGUGAGGAUAGGUUUCCCACCUUCCUCAAGAUUCGGAUUCUGGGAAGAAAUCCUACACUUAAGGAAUCUCUCUUGAAUGGUUGUGAUGGAAGAGGAACUGCACAUGGCUCCAUUUCGUCAUUUGAAGCUAUUGGUAUUGCUUGUCUUGCAGUGCCAUAUGGGCUUUAUCUGAAUGCUCUACAGACAUCUAUCAUAUGGUUUUUGUGCAAUCUUGAGAAUGAAAUUAUAUCUGUGGAGAGACUACUUCAGUAUACAAGCAAUCCAUGUGAACCACCACUCAUCCUAAAUGAGAACAGACCUCAUCAUAGCUGGCCUUCAAGGGGGGAAAUAAAACAUUCUGAACUUGCAGGUUUGUUACAGCCUGCACAUGCCUCUUGUGUUAAGGGGUCUCACUUGCAGAUUUCCUGGAGGAAGAAGACCGGGAUUGUCAGCAGGACAGGCAGUGGAAAACCCACCCUGAUACAAACAAUCUUUCGUAUAAUCGAUCCUACUGUCGCUCACAUAUUCAUAGAUGGCACUGACAUUUCAACCAUUGGAUUGCAUGACCUGAGAUCCAGAUUGAGCAUCAUCCCACAGGAUCCAAUAAUGUUCAAAGGGAACCCUGCGCAAGAAUGUAGAUCCACUCGAAGAGUACACAAAUUAACAGAUAUGGAAGAGAUUAGGAGGAAGCAAUUGAAGCUCGACUCUGAAGUGACUGAGAAUGGAGAGAACUGGAGUGUUGGUCAACGCCAGCUUGUCUGUUUAGGUAGGGUGGUCUUGAGAAAGACCAAGAUACUGGUUUUUGAUGAAGCAACUGCCUCAGUGGAUACUGCUACCGACAGCAUAAUCCAGAGGACUCUGCGGCAGCAGUUCGUGGGAUCAACCGUCGUAACAGUAGCUCAUCGGAUUACACUUCUGUGAUCGACAUCAAUGUAACCUUGUUGCUUGAUAAUGGUUGGUGUGA